CCUGCGAUGCGCCCUGGGUCCUCUGCUAGCCCGGAGGGAUGUGAAAUGGGGAAAGGAUCGGUGUGAGGCUAAGGAAAGCAAAUUGACGCUGGAUUUGGGCCUGGGCUGGUUCGCUUUGGGCUGGAGAUUUUCCCGUUUUGCCUGUCUCUCGUGGUCACGGAUAGAAUUUGUUCCUGAGAGAAGACAGGGCUCCUGCAGAGGCAUGUGUGUGGAGUUGUUCUGCAAUUCGAGAACUAGUUCCAUCAUCUGCAGAAGCUGCCAGGUCUCUGCCUAUCCCCAUUCCGAUUGCUCUUCAGCACAGUAGGGACACUCAAGCCUUAGGAUUGCUGUGUUUGUGCCUUCCACGUGGGAUGCAGUUUCGGAGAUGCCUUGGCUUCCUUCCUCAGCACCCUUGGGUGGUGUGCCUUCUCUUACCACAUAGUGGUUCAAUGCAAGGGAAUAAAGAAUUCAGAAUAAUUGUGGUAAAUGGCUGCCAGUAUAUGGAAUAGGAAUAUGUUGAACGUUUGACCUGCUUUGAAGAAACAAACCUCCCACUUGUCUAAUCUAUAACAACACAACUAACACAAUGAAUUCGACAUCAUUUUCCCAGGUUGAAAAUCACUCCAUGCACUAUAACUGGUCAGAAAAGAUUUCCCCAUAUUUGGCUUUUGAAAAUGAUGAUUGUCACCUGCCCUUGGCUGUGAUAUUUACCUUGGCUCUUGCAUAUGGAGCUGUGAUUAUCCUUGGGGUCUCUGGAAACCUGGCCUUGAUCAUAAUCAUCUUGAAACAGAAGGAGAUGAGAAACGUUACCAACAUCCUAAUCGUGAACCUUUCCUUCUCAGACUUGCUGGUUGCUAUUAUGUGUCUCCCCUUCACAUUUGUCUACACGCUUAUGGACCAUUGGGUCUUUGGGGAGACGAUGUGCAAACUGAAUCCUUUUGUGCAAUGCGUUUCAAUCACGGUGUCCAUUUUCUCUCUGGUUCUCAUCGCUGUGGAGCGACAUCAGCUGAUCAUCAACCCACGAGGCUGGAGACCCAAUAACAGACAUGCGUACAUAGGUAUUGCUGUGAUCUGGGUGCUGGCUGUGGCUUCCUCUCUACCCUUCCUGAUCUAUCAGGUCCUGACUGACGAGCCCUUCCAAAACGUGACCCUAGACGCAUUCAAAGGCAAGUACGUGUGCUUUGAUAAAUUCCCGUCGGACUCUCAUCGGUUGUCGUACACAACCCUCCUUUUGGCGCUGCAGUACUUUGGCCCACUCUGCUUUAUCUUUAUAUGCUACUUCAAGAUCUACAUUCGCUUAAAAAAGAGGAACAAUAUGAUGGACAAGAUGAGAGACAACAAGUACAGGUCCAGUGAAAGCAAAAGGAUCAACGUCAUGCUGCUCUCCAUUGUGGUGGCCUUCGCCGUGUGCUGGUUGCCGCUCACCAUCUUCAACACCGUGUUUGACUGGAACCAUCAGAUCAUCGCCACGUGCAACCACAACCUGCUGUUCCUGCUCUGUCACCUCACGGCCAUGAUCUCCACCUGUGUCAACCCCAUCUUCUAUGGCUUCCUGAACAAAAACUUCCAGCGAGACCUGCAGUUCUUCUUUAACUUUUGUGAUUUCCGGUCUCGGGAUGAUGACUACGAGACCAUCGCCAUGUCCACCAUGCAUACAGAUGUUUCCAAGACUUCAUUGAAACAGGCAAGCCCAGUCGCAUUUAAAAAAAUCAACAGCGAUGACAAUGAGAAAAUCUGAAACUGCUUGGAACACAGGGCCCCACCUUGUUUAACAGCAAGCACAACCUGCCCGGUAGCUGUUCUUGCCUGUCCUCCCACAGAAGAGCAUGGACAGCACUGGUGAACAGACUGGGAGUCUCCUGACUUGCAUUUCAUUGCAUUGGUUAGGGUUGUCAUCAUGACAUUUGAACACAAAAUGUAUGGGCUUUGUCAUCUUUCUGGUAACCAGGAUGGCUAGACUUUCCUGAAGUGCUUUUACGGUGAUCUGAGAUAUGUAAUAUAAAGAUGUUAGUAUUGCAUUUAUUAGACUGAAGCUUCUUUGAAGUGUUCCUAUGAGCAGAUUUCAGAAGUAGUCGUUUUCUAAUAUUUCCAUGAUACUAGGUCAUCCUGAUUAUAUUAGAUGCGCAAUACACCUGAGCAUCUUCAGUUAAUGACAGACGCCAUUUCAGUCUAUUACAAGGGUGAGGGAUGUAAUAGCUACCCUCAAGGUGUAGAGCUUAAAGAGGGUCUAAUAUCAUUGGGGAGUGAUUUGCUUUUUAGAAGUUAUUUAAAGAGAAAACUUAAUUUUCUCUUCCUAAUUGAGUUCACUUAAGAUAAAAACGCAUAGAGAAUGCUUUUCAACUGUGAAUAUCAUGAGGAAUUAGGCCACCAACAAGAAGUAAGUGGAAAAGCAGUUCCCUAACUUCAAAUUCAUUCUGGUACCUGACAACCAAAGCAUUUUCAAGUAAUUAGUUUAAUAAGUACAUUAGCUUUGCUGCAAAUCAUAUUCAUUUGAAUUGAUAGUCAAGAGGUUGUUGUUUUUUAAUCCUUUAUAACUGUUCAGUGUUUGUCAGUCUUUCUGAUAUAAAUAUAUAAUUCAAAAGGCAUAUCCAGCUUACAAUAUAUAGAAACACAAAAUGUAUUUUCUAUAGAGCAGUGCCUGUGUAGUAACUUAUUUUUUACUUUAAUUGUCGACCUUUCAAGGGACAAUGUUUAAAAAAGUGUUCACUCCUGCCAAGAGGAAUAAAUAUGUAAAAAUGUCUUAUAGCUUGUGGUGUGUAAACUGUGUGACUUGUGAAGUCUUAUGACACCUACACUAUGUGAGGAGUCCUCACAUCAUGUUAAUGUACUUAAUUUCAUGUACCUUGUCAUCAUGAGUGAACCUCAGAAUCAUCUGGAUGAAAGACACUUUGAAGAACUAGGGCAAAGCUUCAGUGUAUCAUACAGUGUAUUAAAAAUGUGUUUGAUUUUAGAAAGGCAAACAUGUUCGCUAUUAAAAUUGUUUUUGCUUUUUCUGAGGAGUCUCUGUUUGUCUGUCUUCAGUGAAUUUUUUCUUGUCUCUGACCCUUGUGAUGUUCCCACCGCAUCCAGGAUCCUCUGGCUGAUGAAACAUUUUCUACUCUUUGUUGUAAUGACUGCUCUGGGUCAUCUUGUAAGUGUGAGAACUCCUGAAAGACAGGAAUUCUCCUCCAUGACUCUCCAGUGCAGAGAGUGUGGGUUUUCAAAACACAUUCCUAAAACAAAUUCAUGAGCAAAUGGGCAAAUGUGGUUCCUUUACAUUUAUGAUCCUAUUGAAUUCACAUACAGAUGUUUUCUUUGAAUUUUGUUCCUAAAUUCUUCUUGACCAAGAAAGUUAUUUCUUUGUUACUAUGUAUUUUCAGUCCAAAGGACGCCAAAAUGGCAUUCUAGAUUUUUAGAAAUGUGUCAUCCACUUCGGAAAUCAAACAGCCAACUUUGACAUGAAUGUUAACAUGAAAUCCAAUCACAGCCUAUGAGUCUCCAUCAUUUAGGCAAAGAAAAGUAAUUGUAAAACCAACUAUCGAUGAUUAUUGGAAAAUUCUAUCAUUGUUUUUUACUCAAAGUUGGGCUUCUUAACUACUUUAUCAUUUUUCUGCUUUUAGGCACUGUUGAGAAAUUCUGUCUUUCUAUGCCUACUUAGGUUCAUAGUAAUAAAUUGCAAUUGGGAAUGGUUUCAAUACAUAGGUGAUAUUUUUGUGAGUACAUUUGCUGAUAUCGCUACUUCUAGGAUUCUAGAAUCUUGGUUUGGAUCUGUAAGUUGCAGAUGUACAUGAAUAAUGAACUGAGUGUCAAAUUUUUCUGUUUUCCCAAAGAUGUUGAUGAGCUCAUAGCCUGUGGUCAACACCAGUGACUUUGGAGCUCAAGACAGAAUGAAUGGCUACAUGCACGCCAACUAUGGAGCCAA